AUUGAAAUUUCAGAAAAAGUACCCGCCGGAGACUGUGAAGACAUCGACCGGAGACUAGAUGAAGGGAAACGGCCGCCGCCAUCCUAAGGGAUCUUUCAAUCCUCCACCGCCACCUACUCCCCAAUUCCGCCGCGAUUCCGAUGCCAGCUUUGCCAGUAGCCGCCCUUCUUCCAUCGGAAUGGCUCGUCCCGCCGCUGCCUCCAUCGACAUGUACAAAGAGCGAGCUGUUCAAAUUUCUGCUGUCAACACCAUUAAUUCGUCUCUCAAGGAGCUUUUCAAUCACUCUUUCAAUCUAACAUUCAAACCCUUCUCUCCCCCUUCCCUCAAAGAUCUCACUGAAACCAUCCAUUUGCUACUUCAAUGUCUCGAUUAUCACCCGACGAAGCUUGAGGAUGAUCUCCCCAUCGUCCUCAAAUCCCUAGGGUAUCCCUUUAAAAUCAAUAAGGGCAUCCUCAAGACUCCCCCUGCUCCUCAUCAAUGGUACCCAAUUCUUGCCCUACUUCACUGGCUUGUGCAGGUUGCUGUUUAUAACUAUAACCUUGCAAACGAUUCAGAUUCGUUUGUUUCGAGUAACGAUGUGAAUGUAUAUGUGCUGAAUAGCUAUGUGCAAUAUAUACGUGGGGAUGAUGAUUCGGUGGAAGCUUUGGAUCAGGAGUUUAUGGAGCGGUUAAAGAAAGGGAGGGAUGAUGCAGUUGAAAGCUUGAAUGGAUUGGAGAUGGAAGUUAAGGAGCUCGAAGCCAAAGCCGAGGCGUUGCGGUCGGAUCCCUCGCAGAGGGAGGUUCUUGAGAAGCAGCAGACUGUGCUUGAAGAGGAUGUGAAGAAGUUCCAUACAAUGAUUGCUGGGUAUAGUGAGAAGAUGCAGGAAAUGAAGAAGAUAUUGGAGGAAAAGGAAAAGGAGUUGGAAGUUAAAGUGCAGGAGAACAAGAAGAUAUGUGAAGAAAAUGAAGAGCUGAAGAUGAGGGUGGAAUCUCAGAUGUUUAAUGCCAGAGAUGUGGAAAGGAUGAGGAGAGAAUUGCAGGCUGUGGAGAGGGACAUUGGUGAUGCCGAAGUCUCGAGGAACUCGUGGGAGGAGAAGACAUGGGAUAUUGAUGCAACAGUGGGGAAUAAAUUUAAGGAGCUUGAGGCCAUGGCAAGGGAAUGUAACCAGGCUAUGAGAAGAUUAAAGCUUGAUAAUUGUCAUCAGUACUUCCUGAAUGCAAAGGGGUCAACACCAGCUGAUGUGAUGGGGGUUGACUAUAAGACAACCAUUAAGCCUGCACUUGAUUCCUUUGCAGAGGACAUAAAGAAAAGUUCGAUGACGAAGUUGGAAGAUUUGAUUUCUCUCAGGCAGCAAUCAAGUGAAAAUACUGCUAAAAUUGAGUCUAGACGCAGUCACAUAGUUUCCCUUCAAUCCCAUAUUGAAGAAGUUGAAACUCAAGUGAACUCUUUAAAAAAUGAAAUACGAGAUUAUACAUUAAGAUGCUCCACAGAAUCAAAGAAGAUGGUGGAGGAUGUUCAACUAGAAGCUCAUAGCAUAGAUGUCGUGGAAAGCGAAGCAGGGGAGAUUUUGAAGAAUGCGAAAUUGAAGCAUGAGGAAGCAAUAAAGCAAGGAGAGGAAGAGAUUCUGAUAUGUGCUCGUGAACUAGUUGCAUGUGUUGACUCUGUCUCACAAUAUAAAGAAUUUGUUAGAUCCAAAAUCUCAGAUAUGAGAAGCAACCUCUCCAAGACUGCUGUCGGUAUCUCUGAGGCUUACAAGAACUCUUUGCCUGCUGAAUUGGGUACUGUUUCUCAGUAAGAACAUCAUACUCUAGAGUUUGCUUGUCAUUGUGGAUGUGGAUGUGCAUUACUUAUAGAUAUACAUCUUUCUGAAGUGAGUACCUGUUAGCAUGUCAUGGGGCCGCACAUGGUAGCAUUGGCCGAGUUUGAGUAUCAUAUUUUGGACUGUAUAUUUUCAUUUCAGCUUAUGCUAAAACAAGUAUGGAUAUUGUAUUUUUUUUUUCAAGUGGAAUGAACUGAACUGAAUUGUAAAA